UCAGCUCUCAUUCAGCAGCGAUUGGAGUGAAGAAGAGUGAUGUCUGGAAGAGGUAAAGGAGGCAAAGGCCUGGGAAAAGGCGGAGCGAAGCGACACCGGAAAGUGCUCCGUGAUAACAUCCAGGGUAUCACGAAACCAGCCAUCCGACGCCUGGCUCGCCGUGGCGGGGUCAAGCGCAUCUCGGGCUUGAUCUACGAGGAGACCCGCGGGGUGCUGAAGGUUUUCCUGGAGAAUGUGAUCAGGGAUGCGGUCACCUACACUGAGCACGCCAAGCGCAAAACAGUCACCGCCAUGGAUGUGGUGUACGCUCUGAAACGCCAGGGCCGCACUCUCUAUGGAUUCGGCGGCUGAGGAUAAAGCGACCCUUUUCCAGCAAACCCAAAGGCUCUUUUCAGAGCCACCCAAAUCCUCCGAUAGAGAGCGGAGGCCUGAGGACGAAGAAAGCAGCACAUUGGGAGGGAAUAGUGGAACGGUUCUUUCACGUGUCAUUUUGUCCAGACACGAUGUUACAUAUUGCAGUAUUUGUAUUUCAUUGACCCUUUCAGAAACGAUACUUUCAUGAGUUCGGAAUUUUUAUAGUCUGCUCUUUCCAUCUGCCUGUUACAGACCGUUCAGACAGCCAUUAAGUUGUGUUUCGGCUGAUUAUAAUCAGGUUUAAAUAAAAAAUAUAGUCGGUAAGCUUCUGUAACUUUAUCGUGGUACAAUUUCAAGAUGUUUAAAUCGGCGGGGUUAUUUAGAUUCAUACACGGCGGGUAGACGUUUG